CCGCCCUCCGGGGGCUCCGCGGGCCCUUUCCUGCAGCCGCCCACGCCGUCCGCCGGGCCCUUCGGCUGCCCGCCACCUCCGCGCCCCUUUGCCCCUGCGCCCGCCCCGCCGCCCCCGUCCGGCCCCGGGCCGGGCCCUGGCUCGCCGUCGGGGGCCGCCGCUGAGCUGGGCUGGCUGUCGCUGGCCAGCCAGGAGGAUCUGCUCAAGAUAAUGCGGCCGCCCUACUCGUACUCGGCGCUCAUUGCCAUGGCCAUCCAGAACGCGCCCGAGCGCAAACUGACGCUCAGCCACAUCUACCAGUUCGUGGCAGAAAGCUUUCCCUUCUACAAGCGCAGCAAGGCGGGCUGGCAGAAUUCCAUCCGCCACAACCUCUCCCUAAACGACUGCUUCAAAAAGGUGCCCCGCGACGAGGACGACCCCGGGAAAGGCAAUUACUGGACUCUUGAUCCAAAUUGUGAGAAGAUGUUUGACAAUGGCAACUUUAGGCGGAAGAGGAAACGUCGCACGGAACCCAGCAGCAGCAGCUCCUCCGUGGCUGGGGGGAUCCCUAAGCCCGAAGAAGGAGGGGGCCCCGUAAUAUUAGUGAAGCCUGAAGCUGGAGACAGCCCUCCGUCCCUCCUGGGCCCCUCCCCCUCCACUCCAGAAUCUCCAGAGGAGCCCAAGAGCAGUGCCUCGCCUCCCAGCGGCCCUUUACUGUCCUCCACCCCCUGCCUCAAGUCCUUCUUCAGCGGCCUCAGCAGCGCCAGCGCUGCGGGGAGAAGCCACCAACCCAGACACCUGGGGCUACCUGGCGUUCCCGCGGAGCUCUCCACGCGGGGCCUCCAGGGGGCGCAGCGGAGCGCGGCCGCCGGCUUUCCCCCUAGCUCCCUGUCCGAGCCUCAGCCCGACGCCUUGCACUUAGGCAGCAGCAGCGGCGGCGGCGGCGGCGGCGGCGGCGGCAGCAUCAGCAGCCCUCGGCCGUCCUCCUAUUACAGCCCCUUCCCCACCAGUGGCGGCCAGGGCAGCCACUUCAACAAUCCAUUCUACAACAGCUUCAGCGUCAACAGCCUCAUUUAUCCCCGGGAAGGCUCCGAGGUGUAAGUCCCUCCUUUCCUAGAGGCAGGGGGCCAAGGUACAGGCAGGCUGGGUGCCUCGCGUUUGUUGGUUGAUGGGAGAAAAGGCUUUUAAACUUUUGAAAUGUGCAAUUAAAGCCAGGUGCUAUGCACAAACUGCUUCCUCUUUUCCUUCAUCCCUAACAACCACUCAGCACAGGAUAAGCAGAGGGCUUUGAAAAUACACUGGAUUAGUGAUUGGAGAUUUUCCUGGGGCAAAAACAAGACACAGUCUAGAGGAAAAACUCGCAACUUCCAAGACCCAAAGUGAAUGUGUCCUGGGGGUGGGAAAUAAGUAGUGGGAGUGGGAGGUCAGGAAUCAUGACAUUUCGGGUGACUUGGACUACUGGUUAAUUUGAAUAUCUGUUGAACAUCUUGGACUCCCCCCCCAAAAAUGAAGAUGAGGGGACUUUGUGACAUUGUACAGUUUUAUUUCUUUAAACAUUUCUUUGAAGAUGUUGCCUGAAAAUCAAUACCAAAGAUACUAGUGGUUCUCAGGCUUCCUUUUGUGCUUUUUACACGAUGGAUUUUUAUGAACUUUUGUAGAUACUGU